UUUGACAGUGUACAGCAGUAGUCCUCUCUCUCCCUCUCUCUCUCUGGCAGUGUGAGUCAUGGUGAAGAAGCGAGUGGCUGUUAUCCUGUCCGGCUGUGGGGUGUACGAUGGCAGUGAAGUACACGAGUGCUCAGCGGUGAUGGUCCAUCUGAGCAGAGCUGGAGCAGAGGUUCAGUUCUUUGCCCCCAAUGUGCAGCAAAUGCACGUUGUGGAUCACGUCAGCGGCCAACCGACCGAAGAUAAGCGCAAUGUGCUGGUCGAGAGCGCUCGCAUUGCCCGGGGUGAUAUCAAGGACCUGACCCUGCUCUGUGUCAAUGAGAUGGAUGCCCUCAUUGUCCCAGGUGGGUUUGGGGUUGCUAAGAAUCUCAGCAGCUGGGCAACCAAAGGGAAAGACUGCACCGUGGAGACAUCGGUGGAAAUUGCUAUGAAGAAAUUUCACGCCACAAAGAAACCCAUCGGCUUGUGCUGCAUCUCUCCAGUGCUGGCGGCUAAGCUCAUCCCUGGCUGCGAGCUGACUGUGGGCCAGGACACAGAAUGUGAAAUGUGGCCCUUUGCUAAGACCGCUCACUCAAUGAAAGAACUGGGCUGCAAACACAUCAACAAGCAUGUUCAUGAAGCCCAUGUAGACAAGGCAAAUAAGUUGGUGACCACCAGCGCCUUCAUGUGCAAAGCCCCGAUUCAUGAAAUUUUUGAUGGCAUUGGGGAGAUGGUGAAAGAAGUCUUGAAGCUUGCCUAGAGUUGUAAAUUGAUGGAUUUUUUGGAGGAAAAAUGUAUUCCACCAAGCUUGUGUUCUAGAGGUGCAUAAAUAUAUUGUUUGUAAACCCACUGUUAGAACACAUGCUAAUCCCAUUAUUUUUUUCAACAUGACUUACUUGUAAAUGAGACACCUGGUACUUGGCAAAUUUAGGUUUGCUUUUUUGCACUGUUGAGGAUUAAGGAGGUUGAUGUUUCAGUCUGAACACCCAACUUGUAUUGUAAUAUUAAUAAAGAAUUGCUCUG